AUUGAAUAUAUUAAGCCUCCAAUAGCCGGUGUUUAUAUCCUCGGCCGUCCUCGUCUGUGCACUGUCUCUCUUAUUAAAUAAAUAAGCAUUAUUCCCACGCGUGUCAAAUCAUCUGAUCUGACCCAGUCGAGAAGAAAUGCGCGUGUUUUAAUUCUGAUGAGGAUAUUAUUUUUAUUGAAUGGCGUUGUAGAGCUCAUCUCUGCCCGGCUGGAUUUGGAAAAGGAUUUAUCCUAUUUAGGAUAUUGUCAUUGGAGCUGAGGAAAACGCCAGUGACAGAAAAUCCAGUUGUAUUGACAGGAUGUUGCAGUGAUCGCUGUGAGUUUCUGAAAUCGACGAUGGGGAUUUUUGCGAACCUGGCCUGUUUGGGUCCGGGCAGCUGUUACGGUAACAGUUCCAUAGACUUCUGCUUCUCGGCACGGAUCCGCAGUACCGUACUACAGGGUCUGCCUUUCGGUGGAGUUCCCACGGUCCUCGCCCUCGACUUCAUGUGCUUCCUGGUUCUUCUGUUUGUCUUCUCAAUCUUGAGGAAAGUGGCGUGGGAUUACGGUCGUUUAGCACUGGUGACUGAUGCUGACAGACAGAAGAGAAGAUUCACUGGGCUGGAGGAGCGCGAGUACGUGGCCUCCGCUCUGCAUUCUGAAACCCCGGACCGUUAUGAACGGCUGACCUCCGUGUCGAGCUCGGUGGAUUUCGAACAGCGAGACAACGGUUUUUGCUCCUGGUUGACAGCCAUAUUUAGAAUAAAAGAUGAGGAGAUCCGUGAGAAAUGUGGAGAAGAUGCAGUUCACUAUCUGUCCUUCCAGCGUCACAUCAUCGGUCUGUUGGUGGUGGUUGGAGUUUUGUCCGUCGGCAUCGUCCUGCCAGUUAACUUCUCAGGCAACCUGCUCGAUAAUAAUGCAUACAGCUUUGGACGCACAACAAUCGCCAACUUGAAUUCUGGGGAUAAUCUCUUGUGGUUGCACACGUCUUUUGCCUUCAUGUACCUGCUGCUCACCGUCUACAGCAUGAGACGCCACACGUCCAAGAUGCACUAUAAAGAAGAUGAUCUGGUAAAACGCACUUUAUUCAUCAACGGCAUCUCUAAAUAUGCAGAAGAGAGUCACAUCAAGCAGCACUUUGAACAGGCUUAUGAGAACUGUGUUGUUCUGGAGGCUCGGAUUUGUUACAAUGUGGCCAAACUGAUGGCGCUGAACGCUGAGAGGAAGAAAACUGAGCGCAGUAAGAAGUUCUUUACAGAUCUGAUGGCAAAGGAACACAUUCCCACUAUGAUCAACCCAAAACCCUGCGGUCAUCUGUGCUGCUGUGCCAUUACAGGCUGUGAAGAGGAGGAGGCUGUGAGUUAUUACACUAAACUGGAGGCCAAGCUGAAGGAGGAAUACCGAAAGGAAAAGGAGAAGGUGAACACUAAACCUCUGGGAAUGGCAUUUGUCACCUUUCAGAAUGAGGCCAUGACUGCAAUAAUACUGAAGGACUUUAAUGCGUGUCAGUGUCAGGGCUGUAAGUGUCGACAGGAGCUACGCUCAUCUCAGUUCAGUGAAAAUCUUCAUGUAUAUAACUGGAGUGUUAGUUAUGCUCCGGACCCUCAGAACGUCCGCUGGGAGCAUUUGUCUUUGGGAGGAGUUUCCUGGUGGCUACGCUGCUUCAUCAUCAACUGCAUCCUCUUCAUCCUGCUCUUCUUCCUCACCACACCUGCCAUCAUCAUCUCCACCAUGGACAAGUUCAACGUCACCAAACCUGUCGAGUAUCUGAAUAAUCCUAUAGUCACUCAGUUUUUUCCCACCCUGUUGCUGUGGGCUUUCUCCGCCUUGUUGCCCACCAUCGUCUACUAUUCUGGCUUCUUUGAAGCCCACUGGACCAGGUCUGGGGAGAACAGGACCACGAUGCACAAGUGCUACACGUUUCUGAUCUUCAUGGUUCUUCUGCUGCCAUCUCUGGGUCUCAGCAGUUUGGAUGUUUUCUUCCGAUGGCUGUUUGACAAGAAGUUCCUGGCCAAUGCCACAAUCAGAUUUGAAUGCGUCUUCCUUCCUGAUAACGGAGCGUUUUUUGUGAACUACGUCAUCGCCUCUGCAUUCAUCGGGAAUGCCAUGGACCUGUUAAGAAUUCCCGGUCUUCUCAUGUACAUGAUCCGAUUGUGUCUGGCUCGCUCGGCUGCAGAACGACGCAAUGUCAAACGGCAUCAAGCUUAUGAGUUUCAGUUCGGAGCGGCUUAUGCCUGGAUGAUGUGCGUUUUUACUGUCGUUAUGACCUACAGCAUCACCUGCCCAAUCAUCGUCCCAUUCGGACUGAUGUAUAUGCUCUUAAAACACCUGGUGGACAGGUACAACAUGUACUACGCUUACCUGCCCUCUAAACUGGACAAGAAGAUUCACUCAGGAGCUGUCAAUCAAGUGGUGGCCGCACCCAUCCUGUGUCUCUUCUGGCUGCUGUUCUUCUCCACUGUCCGCAUAGGGUUUAGGACCCCGACGUCCAUGUUCACUCUUGUGGUUCUCGUCAUUACCAUCGUGGUGUGUCUGUCACACGUCUGUUUCGGACACUUCAAAUACCUCAGCGCACACAACUACAAGAUCGACACUAAAGACACAGAAGUUGACGGAGUGGAGAACGGCCGUCCUGCCAGGUCUUCACCCUCCAUCAAAUCUCAGCAGCAGAUGUACAUCGCCCAAGUCUUACAGGACCCAAACUCUGAUGAAACGGGAACAGGCAGCGGAGAGGAGGACGGUCAGGGGUCUUCACAGGACGAGGAGAUGAUCAAUGGUGGAAACAGCCUGAAUGAAGCAGACUUCCAGUCUGGAGAAGACAGUCUCAUCGCCAAUGAAGUCCAUCACUAACCACAGCCGUGACAGGAGAGAGAGGGGUGGAGCCGGACUAAAUCAACCAAACACAAAACUUUCAUCUGCACACGUCUGUCUGUCUGUCCCUAUUAAUGCUGUGAACUGAAGUCGCACCUUAGAAACCCACAAACACACUGUACAAAAGCACACGUACACACAUCAAUGCUAACAUGCUUAUAAAGUCCAGCGCUUUCUUCACGGCUACACCGUAUGCAUUAACAGAGCCAUCAUGUGAGCAUACAGCAGCACAUAAAGAUUUGACAUAAAGACACGUGCUUUGUGUUUGAAAAAUGAAAAACUUGAGUUGGACAAAAUAAAGACGUGGAUUUAAUGUUAAUGGAUUUCAAAUGAAUAAUAGCCAUCAGCCUCGAGAGAAGACAGAAACAGAUGAAGACUCUCCACGCUCUCUCCACCGCACUCCCUUCUGUCCAAAAGUAUCUCAUGGUUCGCCUUAACAGCUAUAAUGUCAACAGCACUGCAGAAUUUGGCUUUGCGUUUUUGCUUAUUUGUUGUUUUUUGCUGAAACUGAUGGAUUGACGUUCAUCUAGCAUUCCAAAGGAAAUGUGCAAUAGUGGAGAUCCUAAGAAGACAUGCAGGCCCAUUUAACCUCCUGAAGGUUUCAGUAUUCAGCAGAAUUGAAAUCUCAACCCUUUAUUGGUUCACUGUACAGUAUUCUGCCUGAACACUAACACUACUGACGUACUAACUUUCUCUCUCCCACAUCCGUACUGCGGUCGUCAUGGGAACAACAUUCUCAUAGAGACGGACCGGCCCAUGUCUUUGAGUCGACUCCAGUCUGAAGUGAUGUACAGUAUUUUCAGACGUGAUGAAGGUGAAAUGUGUGACUCUCACGAGAUGUAACGCUGACAUCUUUGUUGUUGUUGUUGUGAGUGACUCAUAUUCUUGCGUUUUUGUUCCUGGUGGUUUUUUGGCUUUAAUUUUGUCUUGCAAUGAAAUCUGAUGUUUUCAUUGUUGUAGCACAACAGAAUCCGUUCUGAACGUAAAAACUUGAUCUUCUGGAAGAGAUCCAGCAGGUGCACUUCAGUGAUGGAGUUCAUCUGAAUCUCCUCAUCCAGACUGUGCAACGUUUAUCCUUGUUUAAGAGCAUUGGAGGUCAUUUCUAGUUGACUGAAUGAGGUGAAAUGGUUCAUUGGGAGCUUUCACUUCAAUCCACCAAAAGCCCCAAUGAUAUCUGCACAAAUACAUCAUCUUUAACUUUGUGAUGGAUAAAAGAUUGGAUUAGAUUGCACGGAUUGUCCUGGCUGGUUUUAUGAGGUGUUUUAAAGGGAUAGUUCUUCCAAAAAUACAAAUUCUGUCAUCAUUUCCCCACUCUUGUGUUAUGUUUAUGUAUAAAUUGCUUUGAUCUGAUGAACACAAAGAAAUAUUUUGAGGAAUGUUUGUAACCAAACCAUUCAUGAGCCCCAUUCACUUCCACAAUUGGGAUAAAAAGAACAGAAUGGAAGUCAAUGGGGCUCACACUGAAAAAAUGAUUUGCAAGAAAAAACAUUUUUAGUAUUUUUGUCUUAUUUUCAGUAAAAAUAUCUACAAAUUCUGGUUGAGAACAACCCAAGAAAAUAAGUCUAGUUUUUAGACAAAAAUAUCAAAUUUAAGUGAUUUUGUGCAUAUAAAACAAGCAAAAAAAUCUUGAACAUUUUUCUUAAACACUAAAUUCAAGAAAAAUGUGCUUACCCCAUUGGCAGAUUUUUUUAUUUUUCCAUGUUUUUAUGCACAAAAUCACUUAAAUUUGACAUUUUUAGUCUAAAAUUAAACUUAUUUUCUUGGGUUGUUUUGCUCAUCAAGAAAUGCAUCUUAAUCUAAGAAUUUGUAAAUAUUUUUGCUGAAAAAGAAAUGUUUUUCUUGAAAAUCAUUUUUUGCUGUGCACACUGAAAAUUCUUAAAUUAAGAUGC